CGUAUUAAAAAGUGUCGGCCGGACAUAACAUCUCUCUCUUCUCACGACAAUUUCUUGUGUCGGGGGGUGAUGAAAUUGCAGUCAAGGCGAAAUCUCGGUGCCACCGGCGGCCACCGUUUCGGCUUCUUUCGCAGGAAUCACAAGCUGAAUGCUGCUAUGAUUAUAGCUAUAUUCACUGCUGUUGGGUUUCUAAUUUGGUGUAUGAGCAAGAACCGUACCGAGAGGGAACAUGUUGUCAAUGAGAUUCCCAUGGCCUCGUCCAAGGGUCUUAGCGCAUUGGCCCGCGCUAAUGAACCUAUUGCAGAUACUCAAAAAGGUGAAGCAAAGGAAGACAUGAGGUCUCUUCGACGAUCAAAGGUUGACUGGGUUGAGGCUGGUGUUGUCUCUCCUGUUGUGAGGCAACAAAAACAUUGUGGUUGUUGCUGGGCCAUGGCCACUGUAGCCUCUGUCGAGGCAUUACACUAUAUGAAGACCAAUCAGUCAAUCAUGUUGUCCGUUCAACAGCUCAUCGAUUGUGAUACAAAGAACAACGGUUGCAAUGCUGGUCGUUCCGAGGAUGCGCUAGAAUAUAUCAGGAAAAAUGGACUAUGGAGUGAAUCUUCCUACCCAUACAUGUACCAGAAUAAUAGUUUGGGUUGCAAGGGGAACAAAACAGUAGUAUCAAGGAUAUCUGGUUUUGAGACUGUCUCCGGAACGGAGGAAGCUCUAGAGAAGGCAGUAGCAAAGCAGCCAGUGAUAAUACGUUUGAACUGGCCAUCUAGUAUGCACAAUUACAAGGGAGGCAUCAUAGAGUAUGAAGACCUGCCAACAACUCUACCUAAUGGCACAGAACUCCGCUGGCGUGCUGUCAUAAUUGUCGGAUAUGGCACGGAUUCCAAUGGUAUCAAGUAUUGGCGUUUCAAGAACUCGUGGGGAGAGACUUGGGGGGAAGGGGGAUAUGGGAGGAUCCGCAGACACGUCCAUAAUGGACAAGGUGUACUAAGUAUCUGCGCAUAUCCGGCACUAUAUCCCGUGGUUUGGUGAAGUUGUACCCACUAGCCUUAGAUUGAGAUGUUGUACACGCCAACAUACACACUUUUAUAUCUAUAAUCCAUGCUACCUCUUGCUAUAGUUUAGACUAUUGCAGGUGAACAUGACUUCUCAUUUUUUUCAUG